AUGCCAGAGCAUACUUCCGACGAAUUGACAGAAUCUGAAGAACAGUACAGACUCCUGGACACCAGCGGUGAACCAGAAACCUCAGCGGAGCAUCUGCCUUUCCCCACACCAACCAUGGGCUCUGACAGCGCUAACAAAUCCGAGGAACGCCGGGGGGAUAAACUGGCUGCAUAUGGAGCACUCGCUUCCAUGCUGAUCUUCGUAUGCGUCACUUGGUUCAUCGUGUUCACCAACAACCCUACAUCAGCGGGGUGGUUCCCCGUCCACCCGCUUCUCCAGAGCUUAGGUAUCGGCUGCUUCACCUAUGGGAUCCUGACACUCCAACCAACUGCGCACCCCAAAACUAAAGCAGCUGGUUUUCAACGACACCAGAAAACGAUGCUUGCCGUUGGCUUCCCUUGUAUCGCCUUGGGGACCCUAGCAAUCGAGAUCCACAAAUUCAGUGAAGGACAUCGACAUUUCGCGACGUGGCAUGGGACCCUCGGACUCGUUUCCGUCGGGUGGCUUGUGGGACAAGUGAUCCUUGGCGGCGGAAGCGUGUGGUAUGGAGGUGCAGCGUUUGGGGGCGGUAUGAAGGCCAAGAUGUUAUGGAAAUACCACAGGCUGUCUGGCUAUGUCUUAUUCCCCCUUCUCUUGAUGACUGCUUAUCUUGGAGGCGCGUGGUCUACUUGGGCGACCUCCCAUAGCCAGUCAGUGGUGCGGUUUGUCGGGUAUACUGUUGCGCCGAUAGUUGCAAUUCUAGCUAUCUAUGCGCGUGUCAGAACAUCCAAAAUGAAAUUCUUCUGA